AUGGAUUUCAACACCAUCGUGACAGACAACUUGAGCCCUGGGGCCUAUGACUCUAAUCACACCUCUCAACAGGUCAUUGCAGGUUACGAUGACCGAUAUCAAAAUACCUCUCAUUCUGGCGGAUGGUUUAAUGAUCCACACCAUGACAUCUUAGCAGAUCACAACCAAGUGUCCCAAAUGACAACCUAUCCUCAAGACACUCAUCACUCGACCUACAUGGAUUCGGGGCCCCAUCUGAACCCUCAGGAUCAGUACGCCAAUCAGUCGUCUUCCAUUGACCCCAGUACUUCGCAUCCUCAAAGCCAUCACCCGACCCACGUCAUGGUUGACUCGGGGCAUCAUCCGAACUUCCAGCCUGAAUAUAUGUAUGCCAAUCAGUCGUCUUACGUUGACCACACUGGUACUUCACAUCCCCAAAGUAUGCAUCACCCGACCUACCUUGACUCGGGGUCCCAUGUCAAUCCCCAGAAUCAAUACAUCAAUCAGCCAUCUUGUGACAUUGACCCUAAUACUUCGUAUUCUCAGAGCACGCACCACCCGACCUACAUCACGGUUGACUCGGGGCUUCAUCCGAACCCCCAGCCUGAGGAUCUGUACGCCAAUCAGUCGUCUUACGUCGACCCCACUGGUACUUCAAAUCCCCAAAAUGUGCAUCACCCAACCUAUGUUGACUCUGGGUCCCAUGUCAGUCCCCAGGAUCCAUACGCCAAUCAGCCGUCUUGUGAUGUUGACCCUGAUACUUCGUAUUCUUGGAGCACGCACCACUCGACCUACAUCACGGUUGACUCGGGGCUUCAUCCGAACCCCCAGAAUCAGUACGCCAGCCAAUUGUCUUACAUUGACCACACUGGUACUUCACAUCCCCAAAGUGUACAUCACCCAACCUACGUUGAUUCUGGGUCCCAUGUCAGUCCCCAGGAUCCAUACGCCAAUCAGCCGUCUUGUGUUGACCCUAGUACUUCGUAUUCUCAGAGCAUGCACCACCCGACCUACAUCAUGGUUGACUUGGGGCUUCAUCCGAACCCCCAGAGUCAGUAUGCCAGCCAAUCGUCUUACGUUGACUCCAGUACUUUGCAGAGCAUGCAUCACCCAAUCCCUGGUACAUCAGAUCCUGAGAGCAUGGAUGACUUGGUGUAUGCCAAGAGCACAUAUGUUUCGACUUAUAUUGACUCGAAGCCCCGCACGAAUCCCCGCGAUCAGUCCGCCAAUCAUUCUCACUUCUCCAAUGACCAUCCAGGCCCUGAACAACAUAUAUCGGUCCCGCGGACAACUCACCACCGACCUGCUGAUGGAUUACAUUACCAUCACCGUGCCGGUAAAGCCUACUAUCAUGCUCCCCAAUCCGAAAUGUCUUAUGAACGACCUGACCCGUUGGCUCAGUCCACAUACUACAGUGACAUAUCUCUGUAUAAUACGAGGGAACGGACGUGCACAAUAUCCCGUAUGAUACGGGCCAGCGGACCAUGGGCCCAUGAUAAAAAUAUUCUCGACUAUGACGGAUGGGCCGGGAGGCAAAUUAUUCCCGAUGGAGGCGGGUGGGCCCAUGCAGGGAAUAUAUAG